ACAGUCCUUUCAGUUCGUACGCGCACUGGAGACGAGAUAUAUAGCGGUGCACAGAGGCCAGCAGGGAUAGAUAGUUUUCACAAUCUGUAGCGAGAAGGUCGAUAACGCAAACCGUCUAUCUGUAAACAGCGAAGGAGUCGUUGAAAAUGCAACACUGCGAGUGGAAUAGAAGUCUCAAUGUUUUUCCUCCGUACAAUUCAUCGUCGUUCUAUAUUGAUGACAUUCUGAGCACGGGAUCGCAGCGACCUCAAGCGUCUAUCUGCACUUCAACAAUGUGCGAGGUACCAAAACCACCCUGUCUCACUCCAGCGUUUCAUCUGGCUCCGCCGCGAACUUACACCAACUUGAGCAGUCCAUUCACGCCUUACCAUUCCCCGAGGAGUUUCGGUUUCCACGCGCCGACAAUACCCAGUGUCUACGAAGCGUACAACGAUCACAGUAAGUACAGUGUUGAUUGCCGAAUUGUCCCGCGGUAUCUAAAAAGGUAAACCUCUGCGGCUAGGUCGUAUGCGUGGAGUGAUCUAUUUCGUUUACCAAGAUAUCAAAAUUGCCGAUUGACAAGAUUGCAUUCAUAGCACUGUCGAUAAAGUUGAUUUCUCUGGCGCGUUUGCUCUUAGCAGGGGAAACAUUGACAAGAUUAGCGUUUUAGCUGGCGUCCCGGCUGGGGUUUCGAUAACCACAGUUCUUUCUUUUGGCCGCGAAGUAAGUGAUAAGAGCAUUAGGUUAUUAACUGAUUCUUUUCGCUUUUCACUUGGUCUAAACCGUACUCUACCAUUUCGCAGUUUACGCUGAAAUACGUUUCAAUUUGUUGCCAUCUAUUCAGUACUGAAAACUCGUGCACAGAUGACAGCCGCAUCGAUUUGUAUGAAUUCCAUAUUAUCUGUACUUCCUGAAGGCAACUUGUAUUUGCCCCAAACUGAGAAUUUAUCGCAUCUAAAAUUCCUCGUCUUUUGAUUACACCAGGAGCUUAGAGAAGUGAAAAUUUGGGAGUAAAUCUUAACGGAAAUUACUAGCAGCAUUCAUUCGCACCCAACAGCGACCUCAAGUUAACCCGCAAAAAUUUACUUACUUUCUUGCAUCUCUAAUCAUUUCCGUCCGUUGUUCACUUUAAGGUGCCUGGAAUCUGUUUCUACCGAAGCCGCAGAAAAAGAAGGGUGGCCAGGUUCGUUUCUCCAACGAGCAAACCAUGGAACUGGAGAAGAUUUUCGAGAAUCAAAAGUACCUCUCGCCACCUGAGCGCAAACAGUUGUCUAAGGUCCUAGGGUUAACAGAGCGUCAAGUAAAAACAUGGUUCCAAAACCGCAGAGCAAAAUGGAGGCGCUUUAAGCAGGAAUCACAGGGCGAGAAAUCGGAAAGAUUAGAAGCUGAAGAAACAAAGGCCAUAGAGAAGACUUCUUCGUAAGUUUUGGGUGCUAUUUGGGACUCGUACACACAUUAACACAUUCAAUUCAGGAUAGACAGUCCCCGUCUUCAAAGAUGUCUGACGCAAAGUUCGAUUUCUUUCGAACAAUUAGCUAAACUAAAUGUUUUGGAACAGAAACUUAAAAGAAGGUUGAAAACGCUGGUUUUACAGCGUUCUAAGAUCAAACACUUUGUACCGUAAGCAACUGAACCGUUGAGGAUUCAAGGUGACUCGCGCUGGACGUUGAGUGUGAGUUUACGUAAUGGCAGAGUAAAAGACAAUCACCAUGCAAAAUUUGAUUCGCGUUUAUUUGGUCAACGCUCUCUACCUAUUGGACUGUUCCUCCUUUCGUUUACAGAAAUGUUUGAUUUGAAUUAGAGAAGAAAUUAUAUGUAAGCAGUAGUGAGGCAAAGAGUUGAUUCUAAAGUCGGUUUGGUAAAUGUAAUCAGUAACAAAAGUAUUUUAAACUAGUUC